AUGUGGGAAUUUGGCUUCAACCACUCCAAUAAUAGCCCACAGGCGGCUCAGGUUCACUGGCUGAGCGGCGUCUCCAGCGCUUCUGGUGCCUCUGGUGCCUUACUAGCAAAACCUACACAGUUCAUCGGUCCGGUCAGAGAUGGCGACAGGGAAUUGGAGUUGGAGAAAAGAAAGAGAAGAGAGAAAACUGAAGGUGACAUGCUAACUCUGUUGGCAAGAGCGGAGGGCGAUGAGGGUGUUGAUUUUUGA